GUUUUUAUUUGUAUCCCAAAACAUUGCUGCAAUGGCAAUUUUCUGACUUCCCAGGAACGUAAUCACGAUACGGCCACACAACCUUCGCCCCUUGCACAAGAAAAGACUCAAGUUUGGAUUUUUCAGGAUGCAAGAAGCGGAGAGCUUGAUCAAUGUGACGGUGACAUGGAGAGGUAAGAGGUAUGAGGUGGAAAUCGAUGCUGGCGCGUGUCUCAAGGACCUUGGAGACGAACUUCGCACCUUGACUGAUGUCGAAGCGGAUACUAUGAGGCUUAUUGUUCCACAGGGCAAAACCUCAAAGCUUCUGUCUCCUUUCUCUGACGAGCAUUCUCACAUGACUUUGCUAGAGGCCUCCAUUUCCGGGGUACAAGUAGAGAAGAUUGUUAGGAUGAUGGGAGUGUUCAAGGAUGAAGUCGAUAGAGUCUUGCAGAAUGCAAAAUCCGACAUGAGAAUUGCUGGUUUUGAAGAGGAGGAAAGGAGAAUGAGACAGCGAAUGUCGGUUGGACGACCUUUGUCUCUCAAACUUCCACAAGGACCUUACAUUUUUUGUGAUUUUCGCACUCUUGCCAUUCCAGGUCUCGAGUUGAAUCCUCCACCUUCCGAGGCAUUGAAAAGGAUGCACAUGCUUGCUGCUGAUCCUGGAAUUGUUGCUAUAAUGAACAAGCAUCGUUGGCGUGUGGGAAUAAUGACCGAGAUGGCUCCUAUUGGCUAUGUUGGCAUCAGCCCCAAAUGCAUCCUUGGUUUCAAUAAGAAUCAUGGCGAGGAGAUAUCACUGAGGCUUAGAACUGAUGAUCUCAAAGGUUUCAGGAAAUAUGACAGCAUCAAGAAAACCCUUUUGCAUGAACUUGCUCACAUGGUAUACUCGGAACAUGACUCGGACUUUUACGCUCUAGAUAAGCAGUUGAAUCAAGAAGCUGCCUCUUUGGAUUGGACGAAGGCAAAGGGUCAUACUUUAACUAGAGUCAGCCAUUCUGCUGAUUAUGAAGAAGAAGACUUUGAUGUUGCAAACUACCGCAAUUCUUCUCAGAAAGUGGGAGGAAAUGUAUCAGACCAGUUUACCUCUGCUCGUGCAUCUUCAGUAGCUGCUGCUUAUCAACGUUUAGCAGAUGCUUCCAUGUCAUCUGAAAUGGAAGAACCAGACCCUGAUGACGAUAUUGACAGUGCAAGUGCACAAGAGAUUGAUAGGGUAACCAUUGAUGAGCCUGAUCCAGAUGAAAAAGCAAUGGAUCAAGACAAGGAUAAUGAACCUUGUCCCAUCAAUAAUGAGCCUGAUCCAGAUGACCUCGAUGCAAAAGAGAGUGACUUGGUAAUUGGUAAUAUCAAAAGUCUUGGACAAAAUGGUCUUCUGAGGUCUGAAUCAAUGGAGUAUGAAGCUGGUUUUCCACAGACAUAUAGAGAAUCUGAUUCUCAACCAAAUAGUUUUGAAGCAGAGCCCGAUCCAGACGAUGAAGAACUGCGCAGAAUUCAAGAUCCAGUUACCGCUGUUUGCAAUCGUAUUAAGAAGGCAAUUCAGUCGCUGAGAGCUGAAGCUAAUCCCAGCGAAGCUACAGCUGCUUUGCAAAUGCUUUCUAAAAUAAUCAGGAAUGUCAUUGAGCACCCUAAUGAGAUGAAGUUCAGGAAGCUACGCAAGGCGAAUCCCUUGAUCCAGAAGAACAUUGCUGCUCACAAAGCUGCAAUGGAAAUCCUGCAAGUGACAGGGUUUACGGAGGAUGCUGUUCUCGAUGACAGAGGGAACCGAGAAACUUAUUUGACCCUGAAGCGGAAUGACCCAGGAUUGCUAUGGCUUGCUAAAUCAUCCCUUGAGGCAUCUAUGUGAAGCUAUUUUUUCAGGCUGAAAAUUGUUACAGCCACAAUGUAGGUGUUGGUUUGUUUAUAAUUCUCGUGUCUGGGAAGAGAACCAUAAGUUCUGUGCACGCUCAUGGACACUGACUUGCAUUAUGUAAAUAAAAGUUUGGGUAAAGGUGCUGUGUGUUGUUGGGAAUCACUCAAUCAAUGGUGACUGCGUUUCUUUACUAAGGAACUGUUGUUUACAGUAAAUCCCAAGAUAGAAAUUGCUCGGGCAUCAGUAAGCGACUGUAAACAGCAUUGUCGUAAGUAUUUCUAUAAUUGUCACGGUAAGAAACCCACUUAUUCGGGUUGAUGUAACCAGAUAUAUAAGAAGAAGAUGUAGAAAU